AUGGCCUCCACAGCUGGCGAGUUCCCGACGACACCAGAGCAGACUGCUCGAAAUGUGCAGGUAUCAGCUCUUCAUGAACCAAGCACAAAAGUCAUGAACGAAAUCCAACUCACACAUCUAUCUUCCACGGUGUCUGGCACAGCGGCGCACGAAACAGCGUACCAGUCAGCGCCCUCCGAAGCAGAAGCCGGGGAUGCAGAAGCAGGAGAGACGCCGCAAGGCCGAUUUAGGAUUGCAGCGAUCUUAGUCGCUCUUUCGUUGAGUCUCUUCGUGGCAGCGCUAGACCAAACCAUUGUAGCCACCGUCAUCCCAACCAUCGUUUCCGACCUGCACUCUGCGUCUGGCUACGUAUGGAUCGGAGGCGCAUAUCUGCUUGCCAACGCCGCAGCGGCCAAUAUCUGGGCCAAUCUGUCCGAUAUCUGGGGACGCAAACCGCUUUUGCUGGCGGCAGCGGCACUCUUUUUCGGCGCGUCGAUUAUAUGUGCCGAGGCGGUUGAUAUGAGCAUGAUGAUUGCGGGAAGGGCGUUGGAGGGCGUUGCUGGUGCCGGUUUCUUGCAGCUUGUCACUAUUACGAUUUCGGACUUGUUUAGUGUGAGAAACCGCAGCCUCUAUUUCGGCAUGCUCGAGUUCAUGUGGGCUUUUGCCGGCGCCGUGGGCCCCCUGGUGGGCGGUGCCCUGACGCAAGAAGUCUCCUGGCGAUGGGUAUACUGGAUCAACCUGCCUGUCUGCGGCACAGCAUUCGUUCUGAUCUUCUUCUCCCUGGACGUGCACAACCCGCGCACGCCGUUUCUGCAAGGCAUCAAAGCCGUGGACUGGUUUGGCAGCCUGUCAAUCCUGGGACUGACCCUGAUGCUGCUGCUGGGCCUGAAUUUCGGCGGCGAGACGUUCUCGUGGAGCUCGCCGCAAGUUAUUUGCCUGAUUGUGUUUGGGUGCUUGAUGUCGCUCGUCUUCAUCUACUGCGAAAAGCGGCUGGCCAAGUAUCCGCUUAUGCCGUUGAGCGUGUUCCGGGAGAUUACUAACAUUGCCUGUUUUGUGGUGACGUUUUGUCAAGGAAUGGUCUUCCUCGGCGGCGAAUAUUACCUCCCCCUCUACUUCCAGUCCGCCAAAGGCGCCUCGCCCAUGCGGUCUGGUGUUCUGGUGCUCCCCAUCGUGCUCACAGAGUCCUUCAUGAGCGCAUUUGUCGGGUUUUUCAUGCACCAGACCGGACGCUACCGCGAAGUCAUCUUUGUCGGCACAAUACUGACCACGCUCGGCACGGGCCUGUACAUCGAUCUCGACGUGGACUCGUCCCUGGCCAAGAUCGUCCUCUACCAAAUCGUCACGGGGCUGGGCACGGGCUGCCUCUUUGCGCCGCCCAUCAUCGCACUGCAGGUGAAUGUCUCGCAGGCCGAAACGGCCAGCGCAACGGCCACGCUAGGGUUUAUUCGCAACCUGGCUACGGCCGUGAGCAUUGUUCUGGGUGGAGUCAUCUUCCAGAAUAGCAUGAAUCUACGCAAAUCGGAUCUGCGCGCAGCCGGGCUGACGGCGAACGAGACUAAUCUGUUCGCCGGCGAGAGCGCGUCGGCGAGUAUCCUCCUGCUGGAUGGGGUUAUUGCGGAUCCGGCGCAGCGGCGCGUGGUGAGGGACGCCUGGUCGUGGAGUUUGAGCAAUAUCUGGAUUUUGUAUACGUGCGUGGCGGCUGUGGGCGUUGUUGCAAGCUGUUUUGUGAAGAAGAUGCAGCUGAAUAAGAAUGAGGAGUACGUUGAGACGAAGACGGGGAUUAGUGAGAAGGCGACAAACUAG